GCAUGUGCAAAAAUAUGAUUGGUGUCGUCGCUAACUAUACUGACAACUGACAAUCUCGGAGCAGAUAGAAGUUGUAAAUAUGCCCGAUAUCCUGAUAUCCUCUAGGUACGGCUAUCGUGGUAUUAUUUAUUUGCAAUGCGUGCUGAGACUUAUAUCUGAGAGUUAAAUGUGACGCAAUACAGAUGUGAAUAUGCAAAAGUGCCAUAAAAUACAUAUGUACAUGCCAUACUAUGUAUACAUUUAUAUGUGUGGAUGCAAGUACUUAUAAGAAUAUGUAGGUAUGAUAACGCAACGAUCCUAGUCAAAGAAGGGAAACUCUUCACAAUAAUUUAUCAAAGUCUGCCCUUCAGGUUGUAGAUGGCAUAGUAUGUCAGGAAAGAGAACAUUUCACCCAAUUAAAUUUGAUGGCCAGCCCAAGGGAAGCGUUAAAGGAUCGGAAUUUAUACAGACUGAACUGCCGCGGCCGUAUGGUAUCUCAGAAAAUAGCUCAUUGACCGUAGGUAAAAUGCAGCAGCAUCUCUUCAAAAAUAAUAGAAACGAAGGAUCUGGAACAAUCGUUACCAUAAGGGAUAUGGAUACGGAAAUGCACUCUAUUAUGGUCUCAACAAGUGAUUACGAAAAUACUGACCAGGAUACCACUUCACGGAGCUCCAGUACAACAGACAGCUCGACCGAGCAAAAUGUCAAUAGAAGAAGCACACAUUCAACUCGAUACAUGUUAGCAAAAAAGUCGGAUUCUUGCGCAAGAUACACUAAAAAGACGAAGAAGGCUCGUCUGAGGAACGGAACUGACGGUGCAGGAAUCUUUAUUUGCCGCAAAGAGCAAAUUAACGUUUCAAACGGCUCAGACACUGUUGAUGCUCACUUAAGGGAUGGAGUUGAAGGAGGGGGCACCGGCUUCAACCAGCGUCUUGAAGAUCCGAUGCGAAAAGACGAUGAAGUCGUUGCACCACAGCAUAGGAAAGUGAUUAAGCAAGAACAUCUUUCUAAUGUCGCGGUUGAUAUUGAGGCUAGCCCUGUGUCCCAGUUGUUGGAUCCUGCCCAACAAAAAGAAACAAUGGAGAUGGAAAAGUUAAAAACAAUUUCACCGAGCGCAGAAGCUAUAUCAGGAGAAAUAGGUCCGCCUACGUCCUCAGCAGCAGCAUCAUUUUUUUCAAUUUAUGGAAGAGAUACUUCUCCGGAAUACUCGGUUAUACCCAAGCCAAGUUUUUUACAAAGGGAACAAUCUGUGCCGUCUGGUUGCAUCCGCGAUGAUGGCACGUAUGAAAAGGAUCCUACGGUCUCCGAAAUGAUACGACAACUUCAAUUAAUUAGAAGUCGCUUGCUCACUCAGACUCAGUUCGACAGCAUGACCGACAUUGAUGCAAGUGUUCAGCAGCAGCAGCAACUCCAAAAUGUACAGAGGCUACAGCAAGAGAGCUGCCUGCAGGAGCUGCAUCACCAGCUGAACGCACAGUUCGGGGCAGGACGUUUUGCAGUACCAAAUCAUCAUCAUCAGCAGCAAGCAGCUUCUGUUAGUACCGGCAACUUGGUACCGUUUCUUCCAGCUUUCCUGCGUCCACCAGUACCUGCACAGCAGUUGAUGCAACUCAUGCCUGGCAAUGUAAAUCCGCAGUCACAGCACCAGCAUAGUCAUCAUGGACCAACGAGCGCACACAAAAUGGCCAUGCAACCAAUGUGGCCGACAGCAGCGGUGGCGGCGGCACACAUUCAGGCCGCUUUGGCGGCAGCGGCUGUGGCUGCCUCCAAUAAUAACAACCACAGUUCUAGCAACAAUAAUCUACUCGCACUGUCGACAAGUGUCAAUAAGCCGGCGGAUGCCUCUGGUACACUGGCAACGCUUGAGAUUGGUGCUUUGAGAGGAAGCAGCAAGUCAAGGCCAGAGUCUCCCGUGCAGGAGAGCCAUAGCUAUUCAAUGCUUUCGUACAGCCAUACACCACCAGAGUCACCCCACGGUCGAACAGCCUUAGCCCAGAGUCACAGUGUUCCAGAAGAAUGCGCUCUAACCUUUCCAUCCUCGCCGGCCGAUCAUAGUGUGGCAAGUCUCUCGGACUCAGUUCAAGAAUCCGAAAUGGAGGUUCCAUUGAACCUUACCAAGCCGAAAGGAUCGCCCAGCUCUUCUCCAACCAGCUGUUGCCCCAGAGAUCAGCGUGAAAGUCUUACUCCCGUAGUAUCCAGUCCGCCAUUGGGCUGGCAUCAUGCAGCCCCACAUCAUUACACAGACAUGGAAGCCCCACUUGUAAAAACUCGUAGCCAAAUAUGGAAUUCCGCUGGCGUAACGGGCGAUGCAUGUCCAACAUUGUGCCCCACUGGUAUUGGAGUUGGCGGAUCACGGGCGGCGCGGAUCAGUCGCGACUCCACAAACAGUUGCGGGACGAACUCGGAAAUUUCCGCGACGCUAGACCCAGACGGUUAUAACAAAAAUCAAGUUAGCCCAGGUGCUCAGCAGCCGUCAACAACACAUCCGCAGAGACAUGGUAAUGGACAUGGGCAUGGCCAUGGUCACAGUCAUGGCCACGGCAAGCCGCAUAUUAAACGGCCAAUGAACGCUUUCAUGGUAUGGGCAAAAGAUGAGCGUAGAAAGAUUUUGAAAGCCUGCCCGGAUAUGCACAAUUCAAAUAUAUCCAAAAUUUUGGGCGCCCGCUGGAAGGCUAUGUCGAAUGCUGAUAAACAACCAUACUAUGAGGAGCAAUCGCGUCUCUCGAAGCUCCAUAUGGAGCAGCAUCCAGACUACCGCUACCGGCCGCGUCCCAAACGCACAUGUAUCGUGGACGGAAAGAAGAUGCGUAUAUCAGAGUAUAAAGUAUUGAUGCGCAACCGCCGAGCAGAGAUGAGGCAGCUCUGGUGCCGCACUAGUGGCGCAAAUACUGGGGGUCCUGGAGGCACCUCUGCUGACUGCUUAAGUGGACAGGAUGGUCCACCUCAUGUGCAUUCUGCGGCUGCAGCCGCUGUCUAUCAUUUACAGGACAUGACACAAGCUGUAGCAGCGGCCGCUGCGGCUGCAGCUCAUGGUGAUGACUGUGGAACUCCUCCUUCACAACCGUUGGGCUGUGCGACUACUGGCACUUUCUAUUAUCCAGCAGAAAGCUUAUCGCCCUCUGGUUUUUCAUCAGAGGAAAUGGAGAUUCAAUCGCAGCGGGAAUUAGACGACUAAGGUGGCCAUCUGUAGACUUAAGUGAGGAACGCCGUACAAAACAGCCACGGAAAAGCUGAUUUGAAGUACAUACCUUUAUGUACGAAUAUAAGAGGGAUGAUAAUGCUGCUCGCAGUAGACUUGUAAAUAGAAAAAAUGUUAGGAUAGUCCUUGUAUAGUCAUAUAAGUUUCAGUUCAAGUGCCAUUACAUAUGUAUAUGUUAAAUAGUUAUUAAUAAUUAAUUUGUGAAUCAAUUGUUCGCAGAAUGCUCCGUCUGAGGCGCGAUUCGGAACCAGCAGAGCAUUCAUGGGAACGUUGCAAUUUUUGUGCCAUUCAUGCACCAAUGCAGUAGCUAUAGAAAAAUAUCCCGUACAUAAAUACAUACAUAAAUUAGUAACGUUUAAUAUUUGUAAAAUAUGAAUAUUAUAAAUACACAAAUGCGUAGUCCAUAAACACAAGACAUACAUACAUAUGCAUGUCUGUUUAUACAAAUUUUGUAUGAUGGUACUCCAUCAUCGACGAUUAAAAGUUUCUCAUGAGUAGGCACACAUACAAAACAUCACAAUAUGCAUACAUAUACACCUAGCCGUACGUUAACAGUCACGUUGUUAAUAUCAUAUGCUCUACAUACAUACAUACAUAUAUACAUACAAACAAACUCGUAUGCACGAGUAUACGACAUAAUCACGCAUAAGUAUUCCUAAUUUGUAUAGGUACUAAGACGGGCUCAAGGUUUUCAUUAUGAUAUAUGUACGUAUGUACACAUUUACAUAUGUUCAUAUAUGCAUACAUACAGUUGUAAGAUUGUUUACCACUCAUAGUGCGUAUGGUUGAUUUUCUAAGAUGCUAUUUUAACUAAUCAAUAUACCAAGAACAUACAAAAAUGUAUAUAGUAUAUACGUACAUACAUACAUAUACAGACAUAUGUAUGAAAAUCUAAUAUUAAACCUGCCAAUCAGCCUGCAUCCCCCAGAAAAAUGAAAGUAAUAGUAGCGCAUUAAGUAAUAGACCAAUUAAACAUUGACAUUUGUCUAAUAUUAUUUACCCUUUCUUCGUAGCUUUGUCUGAUCCAAUUAUGAAUGUGAAUGUGCUGAUCAAAACUCACAACUAAAAUACAUAUUAAAAUGUUAAACAAUGAAAUCAAAAU